UCCUCCUCUUUGCACGGGUGGAGUGCUCUGGUCCAGCGGGAGAGGCAGGACCGGCCGCCUUGCUACGCAUCUCCUCGAGGGCAAGCCUUGCCAGACCAGAUCUCUUUAUCUUGGGGAUAUUCCGAGACCCGCUUCCCACGGUUCUCUUCUCCGCCCCAACACCCGCGGAUCCCAAGUUAUGUCCACUGCUCUAAUUAAUCUGGUUAGAAACGGAGGCCACCAGGUGAGGAGGAGAGCGCUGCUGACAUCGCGCCUGUUGCAAGACGACAAGCGGGCGUCGGCUAUCUGCCCCAGCUCCACCAGCGUACGCCGAACGUCUCGCUUUGACUUGGACGGCAGCGGCCGCCCGGCCACGUGGGACUCCUUCGGGAUCUGGGACAACCGCAUCGAUGAGCCCAUCCUCCUCCCACCAAGCAUAAAAUAUGGGAAGCCCAUCCCCAAAGUCAGCCUGUCCAAGGUGGGCUGCGCCAGGCACAUUGGGAAGCGGAAGGAAAACGAAGACCGCUUUGAUUACGCCCAGCUGACCAACGAGGUCCUGUAUUUUGCCGUUUACGAUGGGCACGGUGGGGUGGCAGUGGCGGACUUCUGCCAUAAGCACAUGCAGGGAUUCAUCCAAGGCUUUCUCACUGAGGAGCAGAACAUGGAAUUGGUAUUGAUGAAAGCGUUUUUAGAAAUAGACAAAGCGUACGCCAGGCAUGCUCAGUUGUCCGCGGAUGCCACCUUGCUGAACGCCGGGACCACGGCGACAGUGGCCUUGUUGCGCGAUGGGAUCGAGUUGGUUGUGGCCAGUGUUGGAGACAGCCGCGCCCUUCUGUGUCGCAAGGGGAAAGCCAUGAAACUGACCAUCGACCACACUCCGGAAAGGAAGGAUGAGAAGGAAAGAAUCAAGAAAACUGGUGGUUUCAUAGUCUGGAACAGCCUGGGACAGCCCCACGUAAACGGCAGGCUUGCAAUGACCCGCAGCAUAGGAGAUUUGGACCUUAAGAAAUACGGUGUCAUAGCGGAACCAGAGACAAAACGGGUUCAGUUGCACCAUGCAAGCGACAGCUUCCUGGUCCUUACCACAGACGGCAUCAACUUCAUGGUGAACAGCCAAGAAAUCUGUGACUUUGUUAGCCAGUGUCACGAUCCCACGGAAGCAGCUAACCUUGUAACCGAGCAGGCCAUACAGUAUGGAACGGAAGAUAACAGCACUGCCAUUGUCGUGCCGUUUGGAGCCUGGGGCAAAUACAAGAACUCUGAGGUCAACUUCUCAUUCAGCCGGAGCUUUGCCUCGAGCGGGAGAUGGGCCUGAGUCACUGCUGCUACAAGAUGUAGACUGGACUGUCCUGUAGGAGGCCUCGCAAGGCAGAGAGCAGAUCUGUAGAUAGUUGCGUCCAUCUCUCUCUCUCCCAGCACCUUGAGCUUUCUGCCUGGGUAGAAAACCAUCGUUAACUUGAUGUUGCCUCUUUAACAAACACGUCUGCUACUGCUUAAUCUCAGAGCCAGCGAUUUCCGCCCCCUCCAUCCAACGUAGAUAAUUCUGUCUGGUUCUUUGGCACAGACAAGAUGCUGGCUCUUUGCACCUGGGCGACACACCCUCUCAAGGGGUUUUAAACCAAGUGUUUCUUAUGCACAGCGUAUGUUUUUAGAGGAUGAGAGAGAGAGAGAGUGAAGAGGCCAAAGGGGCUCUCUUAAUUUGCACAGUGCGAAAGGGAGCAAGCGCACAAGGAGAGAAAAGGUGGUAUUUCAUUUUCUCCGCUCUCACAAGUCUUUCCUUCCCUAUUUGAACAGAAGUAAGAGAAAGCCAGGAGAUUCAGAGGCAGUGUGGCUGGCUGUGCUUGGCUCUGCUCAGCCUGCUGGCACCAGGUUAACCACCAAAGCUGACUUUGGUUUUGGUUAGUCCAGUUCCGGAGAGAAAGGGAUCUUGGUCUCGGGGCUAAGACUCCGUGCAGUGGAAGUCAAACAGCAAAUAUCAGCUGUGUGUAUGUGUGUAAUGUCCUGUCCUUAAGUCCAAUUUCUCAUAAGCAGAAUGUGGCUUUUACACUUGGGCUGAAGCCCAUGUCUAUUCCUCUGUCUGUGGGCUUAUAAUUGGAGAACCACGCCAUGUCCCUCAAGGCAGAAGUGGACACAACACUAAAGGGGAUUGUGGCAAUCGUCACAUUUCUUCCGAAAGGCGGAAGCAAUGUAGGUUUUCUGUAUUUAUUUGUUUUUUCUUUAAAUAUACCAAUACGAAGAAAUCCCCC